CUGCCUGUCGAUUUUUCUCCUUUUCUCUCACUCACCGUUCGAUAUCCGGAUAUCCGAGGAUCCCGCGAUGAGAGGAAUUACGAACGUCGUCCAGUCGUCGCGUUGUCACCGGCUGCUACUGGUUCUUCUACUAUCGGCAUGCACGGCCAGCGCGGAGAUCGAGAGACGCAGCUCGAGGCAGCAGAUGGUGGAGGAGGCGCCGGAGAAUCUGGCGCCGAAUCUCAACAAGGACUGCGGCAAGUCGUACAGUGCCACGUGCCUCAAGCUGGACGUGGUGUCCUUCUUGGAUAAACUGUCGGAGCAAGAGGACAUCGGUAUCCUGCCGGGUGUAUCUGUGAUCAAGGAGAACGGCUCCGUCGAUGUCCCGACGUCGGAGGUGGUCGCCAAUCUGGCGAGAGACUUCCCCAACGACGUCGAGAAGAGGCUGAAUGCGUACCUGGUCCACAAGGUCGGCAGCUACCUCAACAGCCACUCCAUCUCCAUCAAGCUGUUCGAUCCGAAGACCUUCGAGGCCGCCAGGAGCUUCAACGAGGAGACGCUCGCGCAACUCGGCUUGAGCGGCAACCAGAAUGUCGAGACAGGACGUAAGAAAGACAAAGGCGGCUCCGGCGCCCUGAUGGCCGGUCUGAUGAUGAUGAAGGGCACCCUCGGCGCGGUGGGAUUCGGCGCGUUGGCUCUACUCGCCGGCAAGGCCCUGAUGACCGGCUUGAUGGCGCUCAUGCUGUCGGCGAUCAUCGGACUGAAGUCGUUGGCGAGCGGCGGCGAGAAGAAGACCACGUACGAGAUCGUCAGCAAGCCGGUGUAUUCGAGCUCGCACACGCACAGCUCGGAGGAGCACCACGGCCACGGAUACGGCCAUUCCGGAUACGGCAGGUCCCUGGACUCGAUGCACGAGACCCUGCAGCAGGCCGUGCUCAAGUACGGCAACGCGCGCGACCGCAGAUCGAUCCUGCAGAAUUAAUCAAUUAAUCCUCAUCCAAUGACUCGGCCGAGGUUCGUUCUCGCGCGCGAUCUCGCCGACGAACACGACGCAAUCCGUAGCACACAUCUCUACCUCACCGAACUUCCCAGCUCUCUGUCUUCCCUUCAGCCUCUUCACGCACUGUCGCUCUGUCGCUCGUCUGUCGAUUCUUUUUCUCUU